UGGGCCGGUGAUGGCGGUGAGCCCGGGUGUCUGUUGUACGGGCUGAUUCCGAUGUUUGUGUUCACUGGACUGCGCCUCACGCCCAGGGUGAUUCUCUGUGCGAGGGCUGAGCAUGUUGCUGACUCUUUCCGCACCAAGGCACUGAUACUGUUUAACACCUGGAUUAUUUGUGUACUCAAUUUACACUACCUCAGAUUUCUUCAUGUGAUGCAAUUUGCCCCAAUGGAAAUGCUACAGCUCAUCAUCUGGAAUACAAAAUUUGUGAUUGUAUAACAUGACUCUGUGCUGUUUCAAAAUCUGGAAAAUUCUACUGUUCUGUUAGUGUACAGCUUCAAAGUAAUAUUGAAAAUCACUGCUCAUUGGUUAUUGCGACAAGAAUCACUUUUUCAAGUUGUAUUGCAAGUAGCUGGAGGACUUUAAUGAAAUGCAAUCAUGUCCAUUAAGGAAGAGCAGCUCAUCAAUAGCGAAUAUGCUGUAUCUUUGUUGGAGCAGCUGAAAUGCUUCUAUGAUCAGCAAUUGUUGACCGACAUUGUUCUAAUUGCAGAGAGCACUGAGUUCUCGUGCCAUAAGAUGGUUCUUGCUACGUGUAGCUCUUAUUUCAGGGCCAUGUUUAUGAGUGGAUUAAGUGAAAGCAAACAGACACAUGUUCAUUUGCAAAAUGUCCAUGCACCGACACUUGAGAUAAUCAUUGGAUAUGCAUACACGGGUAACCUGAUAAUAAAUGACAGCACUGUGGAGCAGCUCUAUGAGACGUCAUCUUUUCUGCAGGUGGAAAAUAUAUCUCAGCAUUGUCGGGAAUAUUUAAUAAAAAAGGUGAAUGCGGAGAACUGUGUUCGAUUACUCAGCUUCGCAGACAUAUACAACUGUGAAGAGCUCAAACUGAGUGCAAAGCGAAUGGUAGAGCAUAAAUUCACCACUGUUUAUCAUCAAGAAGCAUUUUUGCAGUUAUCACAUGAUCUACUGAUUGAUAUCCUUAGCAGUGACAAUUUAAAUGUUGAGAAGGAAGAGACGGUUCGUGAAGCUGCCAUGCUGUGGCUUGAAUAUGACACUGAAUCACGAUCCCAGUAUUUAUCUUCAGUCCUUGGCCAAAUAAGGAUUGAUGCACUUUCUGAGGUAACACAGCGAGCCUGGUUCCAAGGCUUACCACCGAACGACAAGUCUGUUGUGGUGCAAGGACUGUACAAAUCUAUGCCAAAAUUCUUCAAACCACGACUUGGUAUGACAAAAGAAGAGAUGCUUAUAUUCACUGAAGUCACUGGUGAAAAUCCUCGUUCUUCCUUCUGUGCAGUUUGUUACAGUCCUCAGGCUGAGAAGGUAUACAAGCUCUGUAAUCCCCCUGGGGAUCUCCAGAGAGUGGGGACUCUGGUCACUCCUGAUAAUGAUAUUUACAUUGCAGGUGGACAGGUACCUCUGAAAACGUCCAUCACUAACAACAGUAAAGCAACUAAACUUCAGGCUGCAUAUAGACCUGUCAAUUGUUUCUACCUGUUUGAUGCUCAGCUGAAUACAUGGGUUCCAAAGUCUCCAAUGCUGUGUGCUCGCAACCGGCCUUCACUGGUUUGCUGUGAAGGCUAUAUCUAUGCAAUCGGAGGGGACAAUGUUGCUGGGGAAAUGAACAAACGGACUGUAGAGAGGUACGAUUGUGAAGCAGAUGAAUGGACGUUAGUGAAUCCCUUACCUUGUGCCUGGCAGUGGAAUGCAGCAGUGGCUGUGGAAGACUACAUUUACGUCAUGGCACACAAUCUAACAUUCUGCUACUGCCCACGUACCGACACAUGGGUGGAAAUGGCUGCUCGUCACACAAGCAGGUGUUUUGCCUCAGCUGCAGCAUUCGGAGAUAAAAUUUUCUACAUUGGUGGUUUGCAUAUUGGAAAUAACUCAGGCAUCCGAAUUCCUUCAAGCACUGUUGAUGGUUCUUCUGUAACUGUUGAAGUAUAUGAUGUGAUGAAAAAUGAGUGGAAAAUAGCAACUAAUAUCCCUGCAAAACGCUACUCUGACCCAUGUGUGAGGGCAGUAGUGGUCUUGAACUGCUUAUGUGUGUUUAUGAGAGAUACUCACAUGAAUGAAAAACCCAAGUAUGCAAUCUAUCAGUACAAUAUGGAGCUGGACCAAUGGAUCUUGCGCCAGUCCAUUUCCGAGAGAGUUCUCUGGGAUCUUGGCAAAGAUUUUCGGUGCACUAUGGGGAAGCUAUACCCCUCGUGUCUGGAAGAAUCUCUUUGGAAGCCUCCACCAUCUCUGUUUUCGCAAGAUGGAGCAGAUGAGUUUGAAUUGGAUGGGGAGAUGGUUACUUUGCCUUUGAACAGUUAGUCAAAUGUGGGCACAGAUGCUGUGGAUUGCAAGGACAUACAUAGCACAGCAGAGUGCAUGUCUUCAAGCUUCCAGAUCAGGAUGGGGUUUAUAAGCUGUACCCAUACUCAGCACAGCUUAUCACUAAGUUUGCAUAGUAUUGUAUAAAUAACUGAGAAAUGAGUUGUGUUAUAUCUUCUACUCCUAGAUACUGUGUUCUGCUAAAGAGAUUAUCAUAUUGUUACAGUGUGACUAGUUUUCAAGAGAAAUUGUUUUACUUACACAUAUCUCUGGAUUUGACUAUGAAGAUAUGAGAUAUUGUAGAUCUUCCCAAUAAAACUAGGCUGUGCAAGUGGCUGACUGCAGGUUCAGUCGAAACAUUGGAUUUGUUAGAUACACAUAAACCAGUAUCCAUAGAAGUAAUCCCAGGUAAUAAAACUACCAAAUGGCUGGUUAUUUACCAGGUGUACAUUAGUGGAGCAGCCACUACCAUUCUAGAUUGACUGCCAGUCUCUUGUCGUGCGGGUCUGUGGAGUUUCAAUACUCAAUGUCUCCACAUUGCAAGUAACAUAGGCUCAUCCAUAUUACAAUUUCCUGCUGCUGAAUUGUCAUUUAAGACAAAUUUUGGUGAGUAACAACCAACCAGGUCUUUAUUUUGUAUUAAUUAAUUUAAUAAGGCAACUGUUACUGUAGUGUGAUUGUGUAGAGGUAUCCUAGCUGUUGGGUUUUUAAUACAGUUGAUUUGAGUGAAAAUGUUUCCUGCGUGCAGGGGAGCAGAACGGAACGGACCCAGCGCUGCUCUGGCAUAACUCCCUGGAACCACUGGCAGUUGCUGGGCUUUCCAUUCUAAUAGGAGCACAGGUGCAUGUUCAGCUACAUUUGUGUUCCUUUGGCACUGUCGUUUGAAUUAACUUAAUUUAUUAAAAACCUUCACAAAAGGAAAUGUUUGUUUUCAUUUUUGUGAUUCACAUAAAUUGUAUUUAUAUCAAAUAGGAUUUCUUCUCUUUACACCUGUUAAAACAUUGAAGUGUUUAGGAUGCAAAGGGAACAAAAUAAUUUAUUUCUGUUGCAACAUCAACUUGGUUUUUAAGUUAGCUGUGCUCAAGAAAAAUUUUGAAGUCUCAUUUGCCAUACACUUUUGUUUUACAUUUUACUAAUUGUUUCCAGAUUAAUUGUAAUUCCCCAUUUGUCUUGAUGCAAUUUGGUCAGUAGUUUGGCAACUAAUUACAUUGUGCCUAUUAAUUUAAUUAGCAACUCAGAACAGCAUUGAUGAGACAGUGUUCACAGUUAUCAGAGCUGAACUAAAUCAGUACUUGGUGAUUGUCCUAACAUUCCUAAAAAUGGUUUUAUUUCUAAUUGUCAAUGAACAAAGCCGAGUAUAGCUACAUCCUGAAAACAAAGUUCACAGUAAAUUGUAAUAUAACAAAUAAUGUGCAAAGCUAUUUCCUAUGGAAUCUCACCAGAAUUUAGUACAAUAGCGGAGCAGUUCCACAAAACACAAUAUUCUGAAAAUAGGCAUAAAACCACUUUAAAUGAUCUGCUCCAAUAAUUCUGCAUUCACAAAAUUGGAUGAUAGAUCAAAUGUAGUGAUGCUUUUGUCCAUAUUGUCUAUGCUUCUAAAGUCAUAGAUUUUGUAAUUGGCUUUAGCUGCUUCCAUGAGAUUAUAAUCCAAUGAAAAGAACUACACUAUAUUGCAAAACAAAAAUACAUUCAUUUCUACUCCUUCCAAAAGAAGACAAUGAAGAAAUGGCUCAGGAUGUAAAAUCUAUUCUAAAUUCACUUGUAUACUCCAUUUUCUCCAGAAUACUUUGCUUUAAGGAUGUGCUAAUUGAAAAGCUGCAUUAAAAGCAGUAUCAGUUUUCUGGAUCAGAUAAAAUGAAACUUUGAAUUUCAGCAACGUAAAAGUUAAUUUAACAGUUUACCCGGGUAAUCAUAUUUACAAGUGUAUUUUAAAAUGAAUUCCUUAUGAAUGAAGCUGUUACAUAUUUGAUAGUUUGAACUCGAGUCAUUACAAGCAUAAAUAUUAAGUGUUAAUUUUCAUGAUAAAUUGCAAUUCAGUAUUUAAAA